AUGGAGCUUCUCGUUAUUUAUCAUACAGUAUGCCCAGCCGCGUGUCCCCAGCUGCCCUCAUCUUUUUACGGCAUGGCGGAUUUGCGCGUGCAGCGCCAGGGCAUCGACACGACGUUCAUCACGGCGCACGGGCUUGUCGGAUAUGAAUGUCUCGACGAGGAAACGUCGCGCGUGCCCAAGAGGCUGCAGAAGCUUCGUGAGCUGAUACCUAGCCGCACCCCGUUCUCCAUUGAGCUGACCCUGUUGGUGACGUUGCCGGCUUCGGACUUCGCGGCCCCUCCCGAGCCGAGAUCCAUCCGUCCGCCCCCGAACGGCGACUUCCGCUUCCGCUCCCUGCUCGACACUUCCCUACACGACUUCACGAUCCGCUGCCUGGACGGGGUGGUGACGGCGACGCGCGAAUCGCUCUACCAGGCCUCCAUUCAUUUUCGAGAUUUCUUCGAGAUGCAACGCGACGUGGUGGUCACGGCCGAAAAUGCGAACUGUCUGCCCGUCAAGCAGUCCCUUCAAUUCCUCCUCACCGGCACAUUCGAGCACGACGGCGAGAUGACGCCCGCCCACGCCCGUCAGCUCUUUGACGUCUCCAGAAAGUACCGCCCGAAAAGCCUGGAGCGCCUCCGCGCCGCGGUCCAGCACCACGUUUUCCCGCAGAUUUUUCAGCAUCGCGAUCGGCUGAACUAUCUGCUCGAGUUCUUCCUGGUGGCCGAGCGGAAUAAUCUGGAAGCGUUGCUUACGGGCCCUCGCGGCGCGGAUGCGGCGCUGCUCGCCGAACUGCACCAGAAUGGCGGCGGGCUACCGUUGUUUGGGCAGACACCGCAUAGCAAACUCACCCUGUUCUUCUCGCAGGUCCGCGGAGUUGACAUGGUCGAUCGUCCGCCACCUAUUGGCGUCACU